AGAUGCUGCCAAUUAAACAUUUUAUAUCUGUUUUCUUUUCUAGCACAAUGGCUCCACGUAAGGGUGGCAAGGACAACAAAGGCAAACAGAAGUCUACAUUCAAUGAAGUAAUUACAAAAGAAUGUACCAUCAACCUUCACAAGAGGGUUUUUGGCAUAGGAUUCAAAAAAAGGGCCCCAAGAGCUAUCAAGGAGAUCCGUAAAUUUGCUGAAAAGAUGAUGGGCACCCCAGAUGUCCGAGUAGAAACACGUCUGAAUAAACACAUCUGGUCCAGGGGUAUCAGGAGUGUACCAUACAGAGUACGUGUACGUUUAGCUCGUAAGAGGAACGAAGAUGAAGACUCUGUCCAUAGACUGUACACACUUGUCACUUUUGUUCCAUGUACAUCAUUUAAAGGAACACAGACCUUGAAUGUUGACAACGAGUGAUAUUUUAUGUACAGAAACAAAUAAAAAGAAAAAAACAAUUAUCAUAUUUAGUUGAUAUUUUAUUGCUUAUCCCAUGGCAUAAUAUAGGUCAGUCUUAGGUACUAAAAGUACAAUC